UAUGAACGCGCGCGGAUGCCUUUAAAAUUUUUGGUCUGCUCGCGCGGCUCAUCCUGCCGCUGGAGAUGUUUUAUUAAGUGCACCCGUGCAUAAAAUAUCCGCUGGUAAUUGAGUUCAUAAUGGGAUCUCGCCUAUUUGGCACGCCACUUUACGCAUAUGCGUGCUUCUAUUUAUUUGUUUUCACGCCGCAGGCUGCGCACUCGCAGAGGGAUCCGAGAGGGAAUAAUCAACGGGCGGCGCUCCGGCAGACCCUGCAGUGGUCACACAACGGCAAGGUUUUUAGCAUUUUAAGUCACGGCUCCGAGUACCAGCCGCCGAGGCGGCGGGGCGCACCUCAGGAGCAAGUGCAAGCCAGACCUCUCACCAUCAUCCGAGACGCGGACGCCACACAGACGGACACCGCGAGACAAACGCCGGUGGGGCAGCAGCAGCAGCCUCUCCGGGCGCCUUCCGCUCCUCACAGUCCCCGUGGGCUUCCAGGUCCACUCCACAGGUUCCUGAGAGGGCACGAACCCCGGCAGCAUCAACGCCAGCGUCCCAGAGAGCGCACGGAAACGCGCGGGAACAGCGGAGCCAAUGAGACCAAGGAACAGGUCACGGCCAGUCCUGCUGUACCGAGGAGGGAGGACAUGAUGGUCGGAGAUGACCCCUAUGACCCCUACAAGUCUAUCGAUGGUGACAACCCUUAUUACAAUCACUACGAUGUUUACGAGAGACCAAGACCCAGACCCAGACCCGGGUAUGGCACAAGGUAUCAUCAGUACGGUGUGCCAGAUCUGGUAGCUGACCCGUACUACAUCCAGGUUGCUGCUUACGUCCAGAGGGUCCCGAUGUACAACCUUAGAUGUGCAGCUGAAGAAAACUGUCUGUCAAGCUCAGCCUAUAGAUCCAACGUUAGAGAUUACGACACCCGCAUGCUGCUGAGGUUCCCUCAGAGAGUCAAAAACCAGGGCACGGCGGACUUCUUGCCAAGCAGGCCACGGUAUUCCUGGGAAUGGCACAGCUGUCACCAGCACUACCACAGCAUGGACGAGUUCAGCCACUAUGACCUGCUGGAUGCCACCAGUCAGAGGACGGUGGCAGAAGGCCACAAAGCCAGCUUCUGCCUGGAAGACACAUCCUGUGACUAUGGAUACUACAGGCGAUAUGCCUGCACCGCACAUACCCAGGGCCUGAGCCCCGGAUGCUAUGACACCUAUAACGCAGACAUUGACUGUCAGUGGAUUGACAUCACAGAUGUGAAACCUGGAAACUACGUCCUCAAGGUCAGUGUAAACCCGAGUUAUUAUGUAGAAGAAUCGGACUACACCAACAACGUUGUGCGCUGUGAGGUUAGCUACACCGGCAACUACGCCUACGUAUCCAGUUGUCAUAUGUCACCGUACUAAGAAAUCGUAGCCAUCAGAGGAGCAUUAAAGGACAAUGAAAAGGGCAAACGUCUGAUUUUUUGUUGUUAGUUCUUUAUUCACUUGCACAUUGAAAUUGUAAUUGUUCAAAGUGCUUUGUAGGUAUGAUAACUCUCCCAAAUAUGUUUUAUAAUUUAAAAUACUCCCAUUUUUUAAAAUAGAGAUCAUCUGACAAGAGAUCAUUUAUUAAAAUAUUUGUUUUGUUAUCGUAUAUAAAAGUUAUGUCUUUUGUGGGACACAUUUUUCUCUUUCUGCUACCUUUAUGUUUGGACAUUUUCACUGUCUUGCUUUUUUUAGUGGUGAUAUGUUUCACCUACCUUCUGUAAUUGAAAAUGAUUUAAAAAUUAUCUUAAAAUGAUAACAUUUUUGCAAAAGAAAGUGCUUGACCUUAUUGGAAACAAUAUCAGUGACAAUAUUAUAGUUUCUGAUGGAUCCAGUUGUGUAAAAUAUGUUUGUUAUAUUUAUAUUCAAUGAUGGAAAUUCUCUUUAUCCCAAAGCUUUUGAUGAAAUGUACUUGAAUAAAGCUUUGUUUUAUUGUACUGUU